AUGGAGGUCAAUGACCGAUUUCAGUUCUGCCACGACGGAUACCGCGAUAUCACGCUCCUCUUCGAUAUGAGUGGUGUCAUUUGUGAAGUGCAGAUGCAGAUCAAAGGCAUCCAAGAAGUGAAGAAGUCCGGCGGCCACAAGGCAUAUCGUGUGCAACGGGAGGUGAACGAGCUCAUCUUCGAGGCUGCGGUGCAAAACAGCGAAGAGGACUUGGCCUCCUUAGUGAAGGCCUACAACGUCACUGGCCAGGGCACCAAGGACAAGAAUGGCCGAAGCGCCUUGCAUUACACGUGCCAGCACGGGGCAUUGAAGGCCACGCGAGUGCUGCUGGCAGCUGGCAGCAGUAUUUGGCUCGAAGAUGACAAUGGAGUCCUUCCCUUCGAGUUGGCGCUGAAGCAAAAGCGUUUUGAGACACUCUUCUUGUGCCUCACUGUGAUGAUGCGCAAGACGCUGACCUCCUACGAUGGAGGGAAGCAGGACGGCGACGGGCAGGUGCAACGGCAGGUGAGCCUCCCCUCCGCCACGUUGCGCGUGGCGCACAUCGAGGCCUUGCCCUUCCUGGAGCCCUUCUUGACGAAAGUUGCCCAGCAAAGCACGGCCACGGCGGCCGCGGCCGUCCGCGCGCUGCUCACCGCGGGCGCCGACCAGGUCUUGUCCGCGGGCAGCGAGUCUUUGUUGGAUUCUGCGCUGCAAAAGGGCCACUCGGAGAUGGUGAACAUGCCGGGAGUCCUGGUGGGUCGAAUGCAGCCCAGCUGGUUGGUGUGCAUGCAGCGGGGCGAUGGAACACCCUACUGCGCUCAUUGCUUCAAGGAGACGCUGCCGGGGCACCUCAAAGCUGCCGCCAAGCUGGCCGAUUCCGGCUAUGCGCGAGCAGCUUUGUUGGCCAACGCCGAUCCACGUGCACAGCAGGCCUUCGCUGUGGGCAAGAGGACCGCAUUGAUGGCCUUCGCCGCGGCCGGCGACUUGGAACUCUGCCGACAGCUGGUGGCUGCGCGCUCGGAGGUACAGUGGAUCGAUGGUUCCUGCUGCAGCGCCGUGCACUACGCCCUGGCCCUGAAGCGCCACGAGGUCGCCGACUUCCUGCGGCAGCAGCGGGCCAUCACCGAGGCGAGGGCGACGAGGGGGACCGGCCAGGACGAGGGCGACCGGCCAGUCCGGUGGGUGUCCGGGACGAAGACUGUGACUGUGUAUGUAGUACCAGGACCCUCCUGUCGGGGUGCCCUGUCUGGAAGCCAAAAAAGGUAG